UGAGUUAACAGGUUUCGCAUGGAACUGUCCCUUUAAACCUCAUCAGCAAACAUGCCACACACCCCCACCCCCUUGUGAAUGAAGAAAAAAAGGACAUAGACCAUGCAUUGUUUUACGAUAGCCCUUGGAAGGACAACCCUGGGAACGGAAAGCAGGGUUCACAUGUUGAAGUAUAAGCAGCAAAGCGAACCAGUCCGAAGUUCUGUCUGUCUGUGUAUAGCUGACUUAUUUGGGGUUGCUGACGAGUUGAAGCACCAUGGCUCACCGUCUGUUUGAGGAGAAGGAGCAUGCUGCCUCCUACUGGAAAUAUAGAGUUUCUCCUUCAGCUCAGCUCAUAGACAAGGUGCUGGUCUUCCUGGAGAAGAAGAAGGGCCUUCCUUUUGAACUCGCAGUAGAUGUUGGCUGUGGGUCUGGACAGGGAACUGUGCUGCUGGCCAAUCACUUCUCAACAGUGGUGGGGACUGACAUUAGCCCUGCCCAAUUAGAGGUAGCCAUGGAGCAUGCCACUGCCCAGAACAUCACCUACAGACACUGUCCAGCUGAGAACCUGCCAUUUGGGGACAGUUCUGCGGAUCUGUUGACAGCCAUGUCUGCUUUUCACUGGUUUGAUCGACCACGCUUCCUACAGGAGGCCAACAGGGUCCUAAAGCCAAGAGGUUGUCUGGCCCUGAUCAACUACACUAUGGACAUGGAACUGAGCCAUGCAGACUGCUGCCCCAACUCUCUCAAUGAUGUCUGCAAAGAGUUUUAUGCAGCCCUGCAGCCCUAUCGUAAUCCUCACCUUGGCCCAAGCUCUGUGGAGCUCUACAGACAGACCUACGAGGCCCUUUCCUACACGGAGAAGGAAUGGCAGGAGUGUGUGUGGGUUAGGAGGUCUGUGCCUGUGUCCAGCUACAUAGGUAUGGUGGAGUCCUUCUCCAGCUACCAGGCUCUGCUGCAGAAGGACCCAGAGGAGGCCAGGAGACUGUCCAGCCACAUCACACACAGGUUGUUAACAGUAAUGGGUGUGACUUCAUCAGAAACAGAAGUGAUAGUUGGGGUUCGAUAUUUCUACCUACUUGCCUGCAAACCUGGGAAUGAAUGAGCACCAAGCCUGACUCCAGUUCACCUGGGUCCUGCCAAGCAGCACUUACUGGAUCUCUCCAGGGGAACCUUUGUGUGCCCAGUCCUGAUACAAAAAUGAUAUAAAACAAAAUCCUGAAUCUUUUCCAAUCUCUCAUAGGCUGUAUUUCAUCUAACACGCACACACACACACACACGCACUCACACACACACACACACACAUUGGGGUUGACUGAGCAGCUGCAAGCAUUUCCUCUGUUGUUUUCCACCCCAUUUCACAAGUUGAUUCCAGAGUAAUGAGCCAUGGUGUAUUUUCAAUAGCCUGAAGAGGGCAGGGAGUUGAGCAGGAUCUGUGGAGCUUAGUCCUUGGUUCAUUCCACUGUGCUGAAGUGAAGGGGAGGAUGAUGGCAUAACCACAGUACAAGGCCAGACUGAGGAACGCUCCCCUCUAUUGACUCCUUUCCACGUCUUUGAUCAAUAAUGUUCCAUGGCUGCACAGCAAUGCAUGGUCAAUUUGGUCAUGCUAGAGUUACAAGAUAAAUUGACUCGCUUGGAUUCUAUGAUGCUCAUCAAGAUGUGAAAUGAUCAUGAUGUGUUGAUGAUGUAUUACUGGAAGAAUUCAUAAAUGUGAUCAAUAUAACUGUAUAGCAUCUGACCAAGUAUGACGCUUACAUGAUUCUCUGCAGUUUCACCGGGAUAUACAGUAUGUUGGAAAAGACUGCUUAAAAUAAGCCAUUGAACAUUAUCACAAAGCUUUAACACUGACAAAAGUCAACAAUAGUGAUGAUGAAUAAUACAAAAUCUAUUGUGUUUUAAAUGUUGCUUGUGGAAAAGGGAGUUAAUGCUGCAAUGAACACUUGUAUCCAAUUAAGUGUCAAUGGACAAGUGAUGGAUCACAAGUUUGGUCAAACUGUUGAGAUAGAUUGGGAAACUAAAUGACCUCAUUUGUCACUUAGAUAGAAGGAUAUUGAUUUUGAGGGAAAAGUAAGGUUCCCAAGGUCUAUAGAUUACUAUAUACCAUUUGGUCUGUUGAUAAACUGUUCUUUUUAAAGCAUAUCCUAAAUU